AUGAAGACUUCAAGAUUUGACAUGGAUUCAGCGUUUGUUUUCAAGCUUAUCUUGAUUCUGUGUGUUGUUGUUCGUAUCUUCAACUAUCAAAAAGAGUAUAAUGUUGACAUUGAAGCUGAAGAUAGUGAUAGCCAGCGGCAAUUUGUUACAUGUCAAGAUCAAUGGUCAGCUUUUAACAACUCAACAGAGUCUAAUACAGAUCCCAGUGUAUAUGAUUUUGAUCUCCAACAUGUGAAAAAUGUUACCGACCUUCAAGGUUACUACAAUUACUAUUACUACACCCAGAAUGCCCUUAGGUGUACGGCUUGGAGAAAGGUUAAGGCACAAAUCAAUCAGGUGCCACCUUCAUUUGCUCUGUUUUUCUCGGGUGUGAUUUCUCUCUUCACUAUCAGCUUUUUGCUAGGCAUGGCUGUAAGGACGAACUUAAAGGCUACUGGAGAAUUAAAAAAGCUACUAGAGCAAGUUAGUGGCACUGUAGAUGAAGUACGAAACAGCACAAGUCUCUGUUCCAAGUUAUGGAAAUCCGAAGUGGAUGGGCUCCACAGCCUGGUGGAAAAUGACCUUGUAACCAAGUGCUUACGAGCUAAAAAAAAUGUUGGAGACAAUGAAAAUUGGACUACUACCGAAUUACGAGGUCGCGGGUGUUAUUGUAGCGUAGACCAACGGAAUGAUAAACAUGAAGCCACGGUACUCGUUAUUAGUAGCUCCAGCAGCAGCAAGGAGUCAUUGCAACAAUUUGAUAAGAGUGAUACUUGUGAUCUGGGUGUAUGGACCGAGUCAGCCUCAUCUCCAGAUGUAGAGAUUCUUGGUCCAUCUCAAUUUCUGGGAACUGCAAAUAAGAAAUUUGGUGCUACUCAACGUUCAUUUGAUAUUGUAUCAGCGGAGGGAAGGAAAGAAUGGUCUAUUUACAUGCGAGAACAAAUGUCAAACCGAGGAUUUAAAGAUUGGCGAGGUCAAGAAGAGUUGGAAGAUCAAAAUGUCCUUCCUCUUCAAUAUAGGGAUGUUGUUACUGUAGACCAAAAUAACAAGCCACUCAAACGUAUACUUGUUCUUGGACGAGGUUGGGUUUCUUCAAAGCAAAUGUGUCAAGAGAUUGAAGAGUACGGAAUUGAUGCGUAUGUGAGAAAGGAGCAGAAAAGAUUAAAUACAACAGCAUAA